AUGACGAUGAGCCAGAUGACCUCGUUGGUCAUGGCGCUGCAUGGAGGGGGAGUGGCGCUGCAUGGAGGGGGAGUGGCACUGCAUGGAGGGGGAGUGGCGCUGCAUGGAGGGGGAGUGGCGCUGCAUGGAGGGGGAGUGGCGCUGCAUGGAGGGGGAGUGGGAAGAGAGGAGGGUCGGAGUGUGGAGCUUAUGUCAGCAGAAGAGGAUAAGGAGAACAAGGAGGAUGGCAGCCAGGUCCGACGGUCAGCCCGUUCGCGAUCUAAAGGCUUGGGUCCGCUUUCCCAGCCUUCCCCAGAUGCACCUUCGUCAGGACCUCCUCCCAGCCGUCGAUCUUCUUCCAGAUCCCGGGGUGCGAAGAUCCAACGGCGGGGGACAGCUUCUCCAUCCGAUGAGCUUGCGGAGAAGCUUGAGCAGGUGCAGCUAGCGUUCAAGGCCAUGGACGCUAACGAGGCGACUCAUAACGCGGAUGGAGGAGUAAAGACUCCUUCAGCUCAUCAAGACAGUGACGUUAAUGUUGACUUCAAGGGAGCUGUGCCAAUGGAAGGAAUGGACACGAUGGCUGACGGAGACGGAUCGGGAGAUCGAGCGGGAGCAGAGAAUAAGGAAGCGGAUUGUCCAACGAAGCAGCCGAGGGGAAGAGGAAGACCACGGAAGGGGGCGAAGCCUGCUUUUGCACGGUCCCGAUCGACUGCUGCAUCUGAAGAGGAGGUCGUGGUAGCAACUGAAGCUGCUGGCGAAGCUGCUUUUGCCGAGGAGACAGCAGGCGCAGAAAACGCGAAGGAAGUGGAAGAGAUGGAGGAGGUUGUGGGAGGCGAGAAGCAGAAAGAGGACGCAGGAGAAACUGCUAUUGUUACUGACGUGGAAAGCUCGGCUGCUGCAGCAGGCAAGCGCGGAGGUGCAAGAGGGCGCCGAGGCAAGAAGGCAGCAGUUUCCGAGUCUGCUGAUGAGGCUGGCGAGACGGUGAAAGCGCCAGACAGCGAGGCGGCGGGGAGGAGUAAGGCGACUGUGCCAGUUGUGGAGAGACGAGCCACUCGAGCCUCGGCCAGAGCUGCUGCUGCUGCUGGCGGUGCUUCUGGCGGUGGUGGUGGUGCGCCUGCUGCUGCACCGCUGCCGCCUCUGCCUCGUCGGGGUCGGCCGAGGAAGGCUCAAAAGCAAGCGGACGAGCCAGAACCUGGUGAAGCCACCCAGCCCGCCGCUGCUGAAACGACCCUGACCGUUGAUCCAGCUCCAGUGGAAGCUCCAGCAGAGAAGAGAGCGACGAGAGGCAGAAAGAGAGCAACCGUGACUGAAGCCGGCAGCAGCGGAAGCAGCAGUGCCUUGGACGCAGUUGCUGUGCCUGUUCACGUGAGCCUUUCUCCCGAGAAGGAAAUGGAGGCAGUCGUGGUGGCCGCUGAAAGUAAUGCAGCCGCUCUGGCCGUUUGCACUGGUGAUGCUUCUGGAUCUUCUUCACCUGAACGUAAGGGUGGUGCGUCGUUUGGUGCUGUGGCUGAGGGUGGCGGUGAUGAUAAUACCGUUGGUGCAUCCGCUGACGUGGCACGGGAAUCUGCUGGCCAAAUGGCCGCUGACACGGAGGGCGAAAAGGAAGAGGAGGAAGUAAAGGAGGAAGAGGAAGUGAAGGAGGGGCAAGAAGGGACGGAGGAGGAGGAGGAAGUGGAGGAAGGGGAGGAAGUGAAGGAGGGGGAAGAAGGGAAGGAGGAGGAGGAGGAAAUGGAGGAAAAGGAGGCAGCGGAGGAAGGGAAGGCAGCGGCCGAAGAUAUGGAGGUGUGUGAGGUGGUGGAAAUGGUUUCUAAGGAAACCCUAGUGGAGCCUGCAGCAUAUGGAGAAGUGUCGGAAGGGAUGAACGACACUCCUUGUUCAGCAACUUCUGAUGCAGAUGGUGCUGUGGCGAUGGCUGCUGCUGAGGCUGGUGCUCCUGAUUCGACGGUUGCUGGCGCCGACAAUGCUGCAGCAACGGUUGCUGAUGCUGCUGCUGGAGACAAGGAUCUCGUUGCAGCAGCUGAUGUGGAUGGUGCUGCACAAAUGGCUGUUGAUGCUGAUGCUGGUGCGGAGGCUGGUGCUGAUGUUGCCGCCGAUGAAAUAGAUCUUGCCUCUGUCAUGUCGGACUCCACUGCAGCUGAUAGCACUCGGGAAGCUGACCUUGAGGUGACAGGAACCGUUCAACAUGUGGAGCACGAGGACCGAAACGAAGCAGCAGUGAUUGAAGAUGAACCUGCGACUGUGCCGGAAGCAUCAGAUGUUGGUGUGGAGGUGGCAGCAGCCAGUGCAGGAGUGGAGCUCGGGGGGCUUGGUAAGGCGAUGCGUGUGGAGGAAGCUGAGACUGCACUGAGGGUUGAGUCUGGCAGUCCGGCCCUUGAUGACGAGAAACAGACAGUCGAGGAGGUUGCGGGGGCGGCUGUGGUUGUUGGGGAGGGAGAAGUGGAGACUGGCGAGGAGAUGCAGGAGAAGGAUGAUGCAGGAGUCGCAGCUUCUGACUCUGUGCGAGCACCUGAAGGGACGGAAGACGCGGAAGACGUGGAAGCUGCGGAAUGCCAAGCGGGUGCUGCUGAGUGUGCGGAGGAGGGGACCGCGCGUGACGCAGAGCUAGGAGUGCUGCCGUCGGCAGAGUCUGACGUGGUACCCACGCCACGAAGGGGCGCGAGUGGCGGCUGUAUUGGCGGUUAUGCGGAAGCAGAUGAGGAGCUCGGAGAUCCAAGCGAGGGUGUAGCGCCAGGAGAGGUUGUUGCUGGGCCCACAGAAUCUGUGGCAGGAGAGGAAGACGAGGAGAAGGCGGAGGAAGAGGAAGAGGGGAAGGAGGAUGAGGAAGGGGAAGAGGAGAAGGGAAAAGCGAAGGAGGAGGAAGAAGUAGAGAAAGGGAAGGAGGAAGUGGAGGAGGGGGAAGAAGUAGAGGAGGGUUUGGAAUUGAAGGAGGGGGAAGAAGUAGAGGAGGGGGAGGAAUUGGAGGAAGGGGAGGGAGUAGAGGAAGGGGAGGAAGUAGCGGAGGGGGAGGAAGUAGAGGAAGGGGAGGAAGUAGAGGAGGGGGAGGUAUUAGAGGAGAUGAUGGACGGAAGGGGAGACGACGAUGCGUUGGGAAAGGAAGAGGAGGAAGUGGAAUCAAGGGAGGUUGUAAGCAUGGAAGUAGAACUGGGGAUUGACGGUAGUACGGCAGCAGAGAGUGAUGAGCACCGGAUUGAGGACGAGAGAGUGGGCGGUGUUGGCACAGAGAGUGACUCGCUCUCACAGGGUGUGAUGGAGGAGAAACUGGUGCUGGGAACAGACGGAGGCGAGGAGGACAGUCCUGGAAGGACAGAGAAUGCUGAACCCGGUGCUGAUGCUGCUGUGCCAGAGCCGCCGGAAGCUGACUCUGAACCUGAGGAAGCUGAAGAAGGAGCUUUUUCAGAACAGGUUGACGUUUUGGUGGCAAAGGGCAUCAAUGAAGAGAUGAGGGAAGAGGGAGGAGACGGCGAUGGAGAGAGUGAGGCUGAAGACAUGGAAAUAGAGGAGGAAGAGACGGCGGAGGAGGACGAGGGGACGGAGGUGGAAGAGAGGGCGGAUGAGGACGAGGGGACAGAGGAGGCAGUUGCAGGGACCUUAGCUGAUUGUGUCGAGGAGUUGGAUGCGGUCGGGGAUGGCGCUCCUCAGGUAGGAUCAGUCAAGUCAGAGGACCUGAACGGGACGCCAGUGCUAGAAGGCUCCAAGGCAGGGACACAUAUGGGGGAGGUAGGGGCGUCAGACGCGUCAGGAGGAUCAGAGGCAGCAGAACGACUGGACGUCGUCGACGCCGUGGAGAGCAGCCCGGGUUUGGUGAGCAAUCCGGUUCGCACAACCGUUGCGGAUGAUGCACUGCUGUGUGGAGGUGAUUCUGUGGUGGAGGAGGAGGCGGUGGAUGAGGAAGGAGAAAAGGCGAGGCGAGAAGAGGAGGAAAAGGAGAAGGAAGAGGAGGCAAGAGAGGAUGCAGGGGUGGAGGAGGAGAGUGAAGUGAGGGAGGAGAGGGAAGAGAGGGAGGAGAGGGAAGUGAGGGAGGAGAGGGAAGUGGGGGAGGAGAGGGAAGUGGGGGAGGAGCAGGAAGAAAGCGAGGAGAAGGGAACGCAAGUGAGUGAUGAUAUGAAGCAAGGCGGUACGGACAGAGCAGCAGGGCAGCACAGGGACGUCACUGGGGGUGGAGAAGCGGUGCAUUAUAGCGCCCAGAGAGCAAAACUGAACGAGGUUGGAUUAACCCCGAGCUUCAAGAGAGAAGAAGCCAGCAUCCAUGGCUCUACUUUUGAUACAGAGGAGCAGACGUUUCAUGGCUUCCCUCUAGAGAGGGAGGAGCCGACCGUGCAUGGGCUCCGACUGCUCCGUAGCAGCAGCAGGAUCGCGGCUAGUGCAAGAAAAGCCACCGCUGCUAGUGCUAGCAAAGCAACGGGCAGCCGGGCAAGGGGCAGAGGCAGGGCUAAGAACGUGGGCGGUACCGAGGGUGCUAGUGCUGCUGGGACGGGCAGGAGAAGGGGCCGACGACAGGCUGCGGUUGACCAGGCGGAAGGGGAUUUUGCCGCUGCUCUUACCUUUGCCGCAGCAGGGGCGUUGAUCGAGGAUGCUGGCGGAGAAAACACGGAUGCUGCUGUUGAGGCUUGUGAGCCGACUCAAAAGUCACCUGAUGCUGCUGUUGAGGCUUGUGAGCCGACUCAAAAGUCACCUGAUGCUGCUGUUGAGGCUUGUGAGCCGACUCAAAAGUCACCUGAUGCUGCUGUUGAGGCUUGUGAGCCGACUCAAAAGUCACCUGAUGCUGCUGUUGAGGCUUGUGAGCCGACUCAAAAGUCACCUGAUGCUGCUGUGACUCUAAGCUCACCAGAUGCUGCUGCGGGGGCUUGUGAGUCGAAUCCUAAGUCACCUGUUGCUGCUGUCGCGGAAGAACCAUGUGGGGUUGCUGAGGAGGUGGUGGGGUUGGGGGAGACGGUGAAGGAAGCGGAGCAGGAGGCGGGGGAGGACGAGAGGGAGGAGGCGAGUCACGGCAGUGGGAAGAAGUUGAAGGUGGGAAUCAAGGAGCUGCAUGGGAGAGGGAAGGGAAGGAAUUCCAAUGCUGAGGAGAAGGGAGAGGGAAGGAGGUUUGAGGUUGAGGGGAAGGAGACUGGUGUGGCUGUGUCAGUAAGCUGUAUGGAGACCGAAGACCCACGGUUAAGCAUGAAGGCUGCUGAAACUCAAGUGGAUAUCCAAGAAGCUGCUAAUAGUGAGGAUGUGAAUGGUGAAGAGAAAGCAGGUGAGGCAAAGGGAGGAGCCGUAGGCAGGAGGAACUGUGUGUUGGCUCAGCUUAGGGCGCAGGGUGCUGCUGCUGCUUUCGGAGGCACUGCCUUUGGCAGGGGCGCGGUUGUAGGGGCGAAGAGCAGGGCGGAGGGGGAUGAGAUUCUGCAGCAGCUGCGGAAGAACGGCAGGAUGAAGAGAUGCGUGGUAGAUGACGCAGAUACAUGCGCAGGUGAUGAAGCAGAUACAUGCGCAGGUGAUGAAGCAGAUACAUGCGCAGGUGAUGAAGCAGAUACAUGCGCAGGUGAUGAAGCAGAUACAUGCGCAGGUGAUGAAGCAGAUACAUGCGCAGGUGAUGAAGCAGAUGCUGAUGAGCCAUUGGACAAUGUGGCAACUGCGGCUGAUGAUGUGGAUGACGCAUCUGAUGAGCUGGAUGUUGCGGCUGAUGAUGUGGAAGCUGCAGCUGAUGAGGUGGAUUCUGCAGCUGAUGGCAUGGAUGUCAUGUCUGAUGACGAGGACGCUGAAGUUGGUGAGGUACAUGUGUCCGAGGGCCAUGAUGACACUGAUGGCGGUGGUGAAUGUGGAGGAGAUGGCUGGGAUGGUGAUGCAGAGAAGGAGCGUGUAUGUGCAGAGAGUGACAAGAGUUUGCUUUCGGCUGGUAAUGAGUUACAGGAGCAAGGACGAGACAGCACUGUCAUGAGCGACAAGGAGGAAGGAGAGACAGAAGAGGAGGACGAGGAGGAGGGAGAGGAACAGCAGGAAGCAGAGAAGGAAGAGGAGGAACAAGACAAGGAGCAGGGUAGUGAAGCGGUGGAUGAAGAAGGCAUGGUGCAGGAGCAAGGGGGGGCUGGAGAAAGGACGAGUGGUGAAGGGGAGGCAGACGAGGAUGGUACGCCUUGCAAUGAUACUGCUGCUGAUGCCAGCACCCCGCAUACUGCUGCUGAGGCGAAGCUUAAUCAAGCUGCUGUUGGUGCUGGCAAUGUGGCUGGUAGUGGUUUGGGGGUCAGCGAUGAGAGGAGUUUGGUGGCUGGUGCAGGGAGCAAUGCAGCAGCGGGAGGAGCGGCAGGGGCAACGGUGGGGACAGCGGGAGCAGUGGUAGGGUCGCGUUUUGCAACGUCAACCACUUCGUUUGUGUCGCUGAUCAUGAAAGCCCAGCCAGCCCCACCCCCUCCUGCCUCGGGCAAACAGAACGUCCAAGUGAAAGCGCUAGCAGCGGCUGAGGCAGCACGGCUGGAAGCAGAGCAGAAGGCGGAGGAGAGGCGGCAGAGGCGGAUAGCACUGGAGAAACGGCGGGAGGAGCGAGGGAAGGCAAAAGCGGAAGGAAAAGAGGGCGUUUCGGAGGCAGCAACGGGUGUGGCGGGGAGGAAAGGGCGGGAAAGAGGGGUAGCAGUUGCAGACCAACCCCCUGCCACUCCUAAAGGCGCAGGUGGAGUGCGUGUGGGGGUUUCUGAUACUGCAGAAGCACGGGGAACGGGUGUUAAGACGAGAUCUGGAAGAAAGGAAGAGGAGGAGAGGGCCAAGAAGGCCGCAGAGGAGGAGGCGAAGCGGCAGAAGCGGGCAGAGCGGGAGAAGGAGGCGGAGAGGCGGAGGAAGGAGGAGGAGCAGCAGAAAGCUGCGAAACUGGCUGAGAAAGAAGCUGAGAGAAAGAGGCGGGAGGAGGCAGCAGAGGCAGAGAAAAGGCGGAAAGAGGAGAUGGCUGUGCAGCACAGGAGGGAGCACGAAGAGAUGGAGAUGCGGAGGUUGCAAGAGGCCAGGAAAGGGGUAAGAUUCUUGGUCAAAUCUGGGGGAGAAGAGCUCUUUGUCAUAUGCUGUAGCGUUGCUCUUGCCCUGUGUUUGCUGACUUUUCAAACCUGA